UUGCGCGGUUGGCGCACGUAUCUACGCCGUUGUUAAACGUUCCGAAAUACGCCGUUUUAAAGUGAAGUGUUUUGUGGCUUUUUUAUAUAUGCUUGGAUAGAGCUGUUUAUAUAAAGGAAUAAUGCCGGCGUACGACAAUGAAGGCGCCACCAUAUCUAUGGAGGAUGUACGGAAUACAGAAGAACCGAUCACUAUUAGUACGAUAGAAGAACAGUUAAAUGCCAGAAGGAUACGUCAGUUAAAACCUCAGAAGUCAACUGUAGCUUCGAGGAGGCAGCAAGCGGUGUGCGUAAGACGAGCUCACAAGAAGUACGGACCAACGAAGAAUCCUAAUGUUAUACUUGACGGAUUGAAUAUGACCGUGCCGAAAGGAGCUAUUUACGGUCUCCUUGGAGCAUCAGGAUGUGGGAAGACGACUCUCCUGUCCUGCAUCGUUGGCAGACGUCGACUGAAUAGUGGAGAGAUAUGGGUACUGGGUGGAAAACCAGGCGGACCCGGCAGCGGAGUACCUGGGCCUAGGAUAGGAUACAUGCCUCAAGAAAUUGCCCUCUUUGGUGAAUUCUCAAUUCGAGAGACGAUGAUAUACUUCGGUUGGAUAGCUGGUAUGGGUUCAAGAGAUGUGGACGAAAGGACAGACUUUUUGAUAUCACUUCUGCAGCUACCCAAUCCUACAAGACAAGUUAAGAACUUAUCCGGAGGGCAGCAGAGACGAGUAUCACUUGCAGCUGCAUUGCUGCACGAACCUGAACUAUUGAUAUUGGACGAGCCAACAGUAGGCGUUGAUCCAGUAUUGAGGCAAAGUAUCUGGGAUCAUCUGGUAGAAAUCACGAAAGGAGGAAGGACAACAGUCAUCAUAACAACCCACUACAUUGACGAAACUAAACAAGCGAAUAUUAUCGGUUUAAUGCGAGGCGGUCGAUUCCUCGCAGAAGAGUCUCCGAGCGAGCUGAUCCGUCGUUAUCAAGCCGAUAGUUUAGAAGAUGUAUUCUUCAAGCUUGCGGUAAUGCAGAACCUAGGGAAACGUCGUCGCUCCAGCAUCCUGGCCGGAGUGGUGGAGAAGGUGGAAUUACCAGCGAUACCGGAUCCUGCGGCUAUAGACUUAGAAGAGGCGGAGAUCGGUGAAAUUUCUGGUGAAUUUGGUGACAACGUAUCAAUGAGUAGCAAGAGUCGUGUAGUCGUUACGCCAGAAUUGAUCGCGCCAGUGGAAGCUUUGCCACCCGAAGAGAAACCACCGAUAGGUUGCUUGGAGCGGAUAAAACCUAUGAAAUGGCAUCACAUGAGGGCAUUGCUGUGGAAGAAUUUCUUAAGUCUAUUUAGAAAUUGGGGUCUCAUCGCAUUUAUCAUUGGUCUACCGGUAUCACAAAUGGUAUUGUUUUGUCUGGCAAUUGGACAUAAACCAGUCGGCUUGCCUAUUGCGGUUGUUAACUACGAGUUAGAACCAAACAGCACUGUAAGCGAUUGCUAUUACGACCCGAACUAUUGCCCUCAAGACCCGGAGACUUACGAAUGGAAUUUGACGAGAUUCAGCUGUCAGUAUCUAGAUUAUCUUUCGAAGAGACAAAGCAAUCUGGUUUACUACCCGACAAAAGAAGAUGCUAUGCGGGCUGCACAGCGAGGCAAGGCGCGUAUUGUUCUUGUGUUUGCAUCCAACUUCUCCGAGAGCUUACAAAUGAGGGUCACGGAUCCAAGGCACGCGGAUCCUGCCACUAUAAUGAACUCUGCUAUGGAAGCACAUUUAGACGAUACUGACAAGCAAGUUGAAUGGAUGUUGGCGAGGGAAUUGCAAUUUGCAUUCAUGGCGACGACUGAACAUUUAGCGGUGAUAUGCGGCCUGCCCGAGCGUAUUAUGUCAUUACCAGUACAUUUCAAUGAACCCAUCUUUGGCCUUGAAGAUCCGAACUUUACUGAUUUUGCUGGACCUGGAGUUAUACUUACAAUUAUAUUCUUCUUGGCGGUUGCUUUAACAUCAGGCUCUAUGUUAGCAGAAAGGAAUGAAGGCAUAUUAGAAAGGUCACUUGUAUCUGGAAUUACGGGUACUGAGAUACUCUUCUCGCACGUACUUGUACAGAUGAUAGUGAUGAUUAUUCAAACAGCGAUGGUGUUAAUUCUCGGUUUCUUAGUCUUUGGUCUCACGAUCAACGGCCCUGUUGGCUGGGUUAUAGUACUGACACUUAUUACUGGACUAUGUGGAAUGACAUUUGGAUUCGUCGUUUCGUGUAUUUGCGACACUGAAAGGACAGCGACUUAUUUGGCGCUGGGUUCCUUCUUGCCUAUGAUGUUAUUAUGUGGAAUCAUUUGGCCAGUUGAAGGUAUGCAUCAAAUCCUGCAAUGGAUCAGCUAUGUUCUACCUCUUACGAAGUCAACAGAGUCUUUACGUUCCAUUCUCCAGCGUGGUUGGACUGUCACAGUUCCUACAGUUUACUCCGGAUUUAUUUCUACUGCAAUAUGGAUUGUGGUAUACCUUACACUUAGUAUACUGCUUAUUAAAUUUAAAAAGGGAUGAGUGUUAGUGGUUAUAGAAAAUAAGUACUUAAUACGAUAGCACUAGUGGUGAUUAUUGUGUAAUACGUUUUGAGUCACUUUUGUGAUGAACAAAUGUGUUGUAAUGAUUGUGAUUGUUGUGUGAUUGAUUCAUUGAAUAAGGUUUUUAACGGUAUCAUUGUCUAGUAUUUACAGUCUAUAGUAAGCUAUAAUAAUUUGAAAUUUAAAAAAGGUGUAAAACACAAAUCGACCGGCUGACGAAAAGUGUUUUGUUAUGGGAAAGAUAUAACUCUUUUCGUCAGAUAGGUCAUU